GACGACCGGCACGUGCUGCGACCGUUCCCUCGCGCAGUAACACAGCAACCGUUGCGCGCGCGGCGUCACUCUCUCUCAAGUCUCAAUCCGACACUCCAUACUCCAUCACCGCGCACGGCACGCACACGUCCACUUCGCCGCUGCCGCCGCCACCGUCGUCGUCCCCUCGGGCAUACACAUCCACGCAUUACACGCCGACGAGAAUCCAUUGAUAGCGGACCGAUCGCCAUGGCAGAGGAGUAUCUGUACGGUAUCACCCUUGAGGGGCCGAACGCAAAUGAGGUAUGGGACCCGGAGCACAAGAACGAUGACUCGGACGGCGCGGCUCAGCACAUCGGCGCCGAUCAGAAGCUUAUUAUAAAAAUGGCUCUUCUGGGGCCAGAAGCUAAACCUGGAGAGCUCAAUGUUCUGCAAGUUGAAGCGAUGGGAUUAAAGGGACCCAUCAAAACGCCAAUUGCCUUGCUGGAGAUGGGAAAAACAGCACAGAUUAUUCUUGAUCUUAGUUUCCCAGAUCCUCCAGUCACAUUCACAUUGGUUAAGGGCAGCGGACCUGUUCACAUAGUAGGACACAAUCUGCUUGGUGCCCACAUUGAAGAAUUUGAUGAAAUAGAUGAUGACAUGGAGGAAGAGAAUAUCGAUGACGAAGAUGAUGAAAAGGAUCCUGAAGAUGAAGAUGAUGAAGAUGAUGAACCUAAGAAGAAGAACGCUAAAUUAGCAGCUGCAGCUAAAUACAAAAAUCAGGCUAACAAGAACAAGAAAAAAUAAACAUAAGCCUUAACAUUAUGGAAAUAAAACAAACUCUUAAGUUAAGAUUUACUAUACAUAAGUCCAUCAUUAUCAUCCGCGUUUUGUGCGAAUCUAGUAUCAUUUCAUCGAAUUACCACACACGAGACGAAACGGUUGCCUUCCACCUUUCUAAAACACAACUGGACCAAUAUUAAUAAGAUUAAGAUAUAAUUUUCAAAUAAUUUCAGAUUUCGCUCGUGAAAAAGAUGAUUUGCUUUACUUGAAAAAAUGAUUUGUGCUCUUUGGCUAAUUUUUUAAUGCUUCUCUCCAAAGUAAACUUUAUUAUUAUUAUUAUUAUCUCAAUUAUAGACUAUGCAUGCCUCUAGUAUGCUUGAAUAUUUUUCCAGUAUAAUAGAUAUUUAGCGAUUAGAAAUACCGACAUUAAAGAAAAGCAGAUGUUUGCUGCAAAAUUUUUAUAAAUACAGUUUCUUUGUCUUUAAAAAAUGUUUUAUUAUAUUGAAAUGCUUGCGAUUUAAGGUAGAAUUAAAUUUUUUCUGAUAAAAUUUUAUGUUACUGAUUAAAGAGAGAAAACAUUAAAAUAAAUAUUGUGUUUUAUUUCUUCUUUGUUAGAUGAAUUAUUGAAAAUUAAGAUAUAAAUACACAGUUUUGACAUAACAAAUCAGUGUAUCUAAUAAUUUCUGGCCCAGUUGUUGUUACUGUAAAAUUUAUGGAAAGCACGAAUGGAUCAAAAUAUUGUAUUUUUUAUUUUUUCCCGAUGUGUGUUCAUAGCGACACGACUCUUUCAAAGAUUCGGAAAUAUAUUCUGACAACCAUUUAAACACGAUUUUUUUAAAUAGUUCUCAUGUAAAGAAUUAUAAAACUAAGGCUCCUGUAUAAUUUAUUAUUUUCGUGUGUACAAGAUGGGGAAAGGAUUAUUAGUCACUCAAAAAUCCUAAUUCCAAAAUUAUACUUAUGUAAAAUCUCUAAAAGUAUCAACAUUGAAAGAAGAAUAUACACGUCAUCUCCACAUUCAUUCCAUUUGAUGAAAGGUAAUAGAAAUGGAAGUUACAGGUGUACUGGAUAAGAAAUACACUUGCAUCAGUAUCAUUGUGCUAUUAAAGCAUAUAUGUGAUGCAUGUAUAAAAAAACUACGUGCGAUUGAUAAGUAGUCUGUACACCUAUUUUGUACAUAUACGAUACAAUAAAAAAUUUCACAACUUUUAAAA